AACAAACAAACUAUCCCAAAAAUCAGCAUGUGUGUAGUUACGCCGGCUCUAGAUUAGUUGAAAAACCUUCUCACUGCAUAUUUCAUUCUUCUGCUUUCUGAUUAGUGUAGAAAAACACCAAAACUAGAGAGUUUCAAACCGUGCUUUUGCACAGAACAUACCUUCCAAAAGAAAGGCUUUAAUCUUCUGCAUCGCGCAAUCAACAUGGGCAAAAUUGGUUUACAGAUUAAAGCUACGCUGGAGAACAUCGAGGAGCUAAAAACGAGCCAUCCCAACUAUGCGUUUUUCCUGAAAAUCAAAUGCACAAAUUGUGGCGAAGUAUCCGACAAGUGGCAUGAUCUGACCGAGAGCGAACAUGUCAACGAAGAUUCGCGCAAUCCGAAAGGAUUUAAUUUUCACAUGAAGUGUCGUAUGUGUUCUCGUGAGAAUAGUAUCGACGUUAUCGAAGGGUCUAAUGCAAGCUACACCGAACAAGAUUCCGGCAAAAAGAAAACGAUCGUCGCCUUUGAUUGCCGUGGUGUUGAACCGAUCGAAUUCAGCCCUCGCUCUGGAUGGAUUGCAAAAGCGACGGAAAACGGACCGACUUUCGAGGAUAUUGAUCUGUCUGAGGACGAUUGGGUAGAAUAUGAUCAGACGAAUAACAAUUCGGUCGGCGUGUACGAAUUUGAGUCAGAUUUCGUGAAAAUGAAAAAGUGAGCAACUUUUGUGAUGCAAUUUAAUAUGAGUUGUAAACAAUA